GGCUCGUACAAGUCGCGGCUGCAUCCGGGUACUUCCCUCGGAAGCCUCCACGGUUACGUCACUGAUCCAGUGGGUUACGGAGAGGAGCGAAGGACGCGGAGGAACAAUAACGUAAAGUAUUAAAUGUGACGACGACAGCGAGCAGCGGGGGGACAAGCGAGACAAGACACGCGGGAGCGCGCACUGCCUUCGUGUUCCGUGUCUAGCAGCACUGCUAACGUCAGCUAACGUCAGCUAACGUCCGUCACCCCGAGCUGACAUUUAACGCAGCGGAGUGAAGCUUCCUUCUCUUCUCACGGGACGUUUACAGCCGCUUUAAUGGAGCAAAAAUAAACCACGUGUUGCGCCUUUUAAUCUGCAUUAUGAACUGUCUCUGUCCUCCUGGUGAUCAACGUCACACCGAAGUGGACUCGGGUGGUGGUGGUGGUGUCUCUGGUCUGACCCCUCUCAGUCCUGGUCCUCCAUGGCGCUGCUGGUGGUCAGCGUCUGGAGAAGUGGCCUCUAACGCUCUCACCUCGGUGCUGAACCCUUUCACAGAAGCAUGAUCUCUCUGCACAGACCGCUGAGUCAGCUGCUCGGAGCAUGCCGGAGGAGGAAGAGGAGGGUGGAGGUUUCUCUGGAAACGGCUACGGGGUUUCACUGCAGGACCUUCUGCUCCACCUCGUCAGAGACAGAACCCCUGGAGAUCCACAAGAAGAAGGUCUUGCUGUGGUUCAGCCACCGUCCUCAAGAGGAGAAGCAGUUCGGAGGUCACUUCAGCCCAGAGACCAUGGACGUGGAUCCUCUCAUCCUGGAAAGAAGAGCUGAGGAGAGGGCAGGACCACUCAGUUCUCCUCUCCAGACCGUCUCCAGCCCCUCUGUGACUGUGGAACAGCUGUUUGAGCCCACCGAUGCCUGGAGUGACGGCCGGGGGCUCAACGUGCUGCUGUACGGUGCCGUGGGGACGGGGAAGAGCACGUUGGUACGCAAGGUGGUGGGGGACUGGUGCAUCGGCAAAACCCUGAACCAAUUCAAGUUGCUGGUUCCGUUCUCUUGUGAGGACCUUGGCUCACAGUCAAAAGUGGCCUCCUUGAGGGACCUGGUGAGCAGGAAGUACCUCCACCUCCGACAGCACCCGCUGCUGAGUGGGACGGGAACCCAGGCCAAGGAUGUGCUAUUCGUCUUCAACGGGAUGGAGAAGAUGAAUUUGGAUUUCCGAAUUGGAGCCAGUGAGCUUUGCAGUGACCCCAAUGAGCCGCUGCCGGCGGAUGUGCUCAUGGUUAACCUGUUGAGGAAGUACCUGCUCCCUGAGGCCAGCAUCUUGGUGACCACCAGACAGUCCGCCCUGGACAGCAUCCCCCAGAAGUACGUGAGUCGCUACGCACAGAUCAGCGGCUUCACUGACCCCGAGCGCCAGCGGGCCUACUUCAGCAGCCGCCUGCUGCAGGGGAGCGCGGCCCGAAGCCCCGGGUCGCACUGCCUCGUCGAACUGCUGUACCUCAACCUGCAGCGGGAAAGCCAGCUGGGCGCCGCCUGCUUCCUGCCCUCGUACUGCUGGCUCACGUGUGCCACCUUACAUCUCCUCCACUUCACCGACACCGAGGCGCCGGUCCGCACCCUGACCGGACUCUACACUAGUUUCCUCCGGCUCAACUUCGGCGGCGAGGUGCUCGGCACGGGAGCGGGAACCAACGUUCCCAUUCAGGAGCGCAACGCCUCUCUGAUGUUGUACGUGGUCCGUACAGUCGGCAAACUCGCCUUCGACGGCGUGACAAACAGGCGCACGGCGUUCUCCGAAAAGGAACUGGAGCAGUGGAUCGGAGGCGAGACCAAGACAAACGAGGAGCUACGUCAGCUGGCAAUGUUCCGGACGGACGUGCUCGACUUCUUCUUGGCUCCCGUUGUCGAAAGCGACGUGUAUUUAGCAGAAGAAGCCGUUGGGAAGGGCAAGCGGCGGUACGUGUUUGCUGUCCCGGCCAUGCAGGAGUACCUGGCCGCCCUCUACGUGGUUCUCGGAGAGAACAAAUCGGCUCUGGAGAAGCUGACCAGUCAGGUGUCAGCGGCCAUCGGUCAGGCAAGCGAGGAUGUCAAUAAAGUCUUCGACGUCAUCUCCAUUUUCAUCCCGCGCCGAGUGUUUGCCGUAUUCAACAUCCUGAAGCUUUUUCCAAAGCUGUACGAGAAAAUCAGCAGUCACAACAAAGGCAGCAUCGCCAAAACGAUGGCGUCCGAACUGUUCCGCACCGAGGACAGCUACAACGAGGACGUCCUGGACCAGGUGGAGCAGAGCCUCCUGGGGGUCCACGGCCCGCGCCCGAAGCAGCGCAGUGAGGACCAGCCUUUUGAGCUCUACCCCAUAUUCAUGGGCGGACUGUUGCAUUAUGGGAACCGUGUCCUUCUCCAGCAACUUGGGUGCAGCAUUCAGAGCAACACCGUGGCCCAGAUCACACAGGCCCUCCGCAAGUACCUGGUCAGAGAAAUCAACAAGCCACAGCCUCCUGAGGAGCUGAUGGACCUACUGGUCCUUCUCUAUGAGUUUCAGAACCCCAGAGUGACUGCAGAGGUUCUGGCCUCGAUCAGGGCAAUCAAGCUCCCCAACAUCCGCAUGACGCCACUCAAGUGCUUCGUCCUGAGCUCUGUGCUCGCCUGCACGCCUGCAAGUUAUCACCUGGAGGAGAUGGACCUGUCCUCCUGCCUCCUGGAUCUCAACAUGCUUGAGAUGCUGCGUCCGGCCUUCAGACACACGCACAGACUCAAUCUGCAGUCUAACAGCUUUGGUCCUGAGUCCUGUGUCAUCCUGAGAGAUCUGCUGCUCGACCCUGUGAGCUCCAUCACAUCUCUGCAACUGUGUGACAACCCCCUGCUGGAGUCCGGGGCCUGCGCCCUGCUGGAGGCUUUGCCGGAGAACCAGUCCCUGACCCACCUGUCCCUGAUGCACACGGGCCUGGGGGACCGGGCGGCCCUGGAGCUGGCCCAGAGGCUGCAGCAGCACGCGGCGCUCCUGGAGCUCAACGUGGCCUACAACAACAUCGGGGACAACGCCGCUCUGGCUUUAGUGGACGCCUGCAGGGAGCACCCCAGCAUCCACACCGUGCACUUGUAUCUGAACCCUCUCAGCGAUGUGGGGAAACAGUCCCUCUACGUCCGAGGAGUUCCCAAGAGCCAGGGGGGGCGGCGGGUCAAGGUGCUGGCCUCCGUCACCGAGGGCACCGACAUCUCUGAGGACUGGCACCCCAUCCUCAGUGUGAUACGGAAGAACGCCUCGUCCUGGGACCGCCAGCGCGUCAAGGAGCAGCUGAAGGUGUUCCUCAGGGACCUGGACUGGGGCCGGCAGCAGCAGCAGAACUUCUGGAAGCGGCUGCACUUCAGACGAGUGGAGAAAGGCGUCCGCAAGACGCUGCAGCAGCUGGAGAAAGAAGCUCCGCCUCCAUGAUGACCAGCAUGCACCGGGGGAGAUGACGUCAUUCAACAGCAUUACAUUACAGGUCAUUCAGCUGACGCUUUUAUCCAAAAGCGACUUGCAUUGCAUCUUCAACCCGCGGCUGUUGGGGGUCCGGUGUCUUGCUCAGGGACACUUUGACGUGGGACAUGAAGCAGCCGGGACUCGAACCGCCGGCUCAGCCUCUUCUCCGCGUGCCGCUGUCGACAUUUCAGAAUCCGACUUUUUUUGCCUCGUAUGUGACACACACAGGAAUAAUUUAAUAAUAAGACAAUAAUAAGAAAAUAAUUUAAAUGCAAUAAAUAAACAAGCAAAAGAGACAAACAUUCUAAGUAAGUUGAAACAGAUUCUAUGCUUGACUGAUGUUCCGCUGCUUCUUGAUUUAUGACUUUCUGUACUUCCAGAACCUCGACAAGGAGCUCUUCAGGGUCCCAACCAAUGUGCAUUUAUAUGAAUAAUAUAUGACUGUCAAAAGUCCCUUUUAUGAACAUAGUAUUUAGCAGAGUUUCAUGUUGUGUCACGUGACAAAGAAACAAAGGGAUAUUUAAAGCCGGUAAUGCAAUAACUAAACGUGCCUCUGAAAUAUCACAAUAAUAUUCCACAUGGUGGGUUUAUUAAUAAUAAAGCUGUAAACUCCUUCAACUUAUUGAUCACUAAAUGAAAUGUGUGACACCGCUGGGAAUUGUGGGUAGUUUAACUGGGGAAAGCUUGGUUCCUCCUUUGAUGUCUUCCAGAUGUUUGGCUGAUGUUUUGUUUUCCAGGCUCAUGCAGCCAAAAUAUACGAAAAUAAGUUUUUUUUUUUUUUCUUGGAUUCAUUCUUAAGGAAUCCGGUUGAAUAAAUAACUGUGAUCCGUCUGCUCAUCACCUUGUUUUCUGGUAACGGACGAAAUGUUCCCAUCAGACGAACAUUAGUGAUGAAUCCCAUCGUGCUGCGUUUGCGUUUAGUGGAACACGUCUAAAUGAGAUGUGCCGUUAACCUGCACACAACGUUCUCCUUUCAUUCUCACAGACUUUCACUGCAUGUUGGUGUUGACUGAUCGGUAUGUGAAUAAACAAAGUGAUUACAAAUA